GCUUCAAACAUUCAGAAACACUUUACAGCACAAUUGAUAAUCGUGUGUACGUAAAAUGACAUAAUAUAAAGUGAUAAUUUUUCAAUGUGUUCAAACGAAGAGGUCUACGAAAAUUUUUAAGAUGUUGUAGUUGUUUUGGACUACGAUCAAAUGUUUGUACAGUCCACGAAGUUAUACGAAGCAAAAUAAAACACAGAGAUAGUUAUUGGAGUAAAAUACAGAAGGGAAAAAACAGCAAACCUCAGAACAUCUGAACUCAACUACAGGUGAAGACUUCAUAGAAUACAAACAAAGCUGGGAUCCAAAUCCAAACAAAAAUGGACCAAAUAGACUUCACAGACAAAGUGGCUAUAGUGACUGGAGCCAGUUCCGGAAUAGGAGCGGAGACAGCCGUUAUCCUAGCAUCGUAUGGAGCUCAACUGACUUUAGUGGGACGAGAUGAGACCAGACUGGUAAAGACUGCACAGAGAUGCGUCGCACAAAACCGAUUGGUGCCACUAUGGUUGGUGUUAGACCUCACCCACCCUGGAAGCUGCGAGACAGUGAUCAAUAAGACAGUAGAAAUGUUCGGAAAGAUUGAUGUCCUUAUAAACUGUGCAGGGAAGAUUCUCCUGUCAUCCCUUCACGAUAAUUCAAUGGAGGCAUUCGAUGAAAUCAUGAACAUAAACUUCCGAGUACCGUACUAUUUAUCCCAAUUGGCAUUACCACAUCUGAUUAAGACGAAAGGGAACAUAAUAAACAUAGGUUCUUCGAUGUCCAAGCGAUUCAAACCUGGAUUCCUUUCGUACAUCAUUUCGAAGUCGGCUUUGGAGACGUUGACCAAGCACGCGGCGCCAGAAUUGGUAUCAGAAGGGGUCAGGAUCAACACGAUAAGUCCAGGAACUACCAGAACGAACAUCCUAGCCAAUUUCAACUCUCAAAAUAUGUACCAACAAUUGACGUACGAAGAUAUAUCUCAGGAUAUACCCAGUGGUCAAAUUCUGGAACCGAAAGAGGUCGCUAUGUUAAUUUGUUUGACGGCGAGCAGUGUUUUUUCCAGUGUUAAUGGUUCAGAAUUAUUGUUAGACGGUGGUGAAUGUAUGGCGUAGUUUUAGACUUUAAUAUAAUUGUUUUAAAGUAUAUUUUAAUGGGACUUGCAUUAAAUGUAAAUAAAAAUGUGUCAUUUUGGUUUAAUCUAAUUUUCGAGAUAAAUGUGCGAUUUUGCUUUAAGAGUAUUUAGAUAUGAAUGGCUUAAUAGUAUUAUUUUAAAACUACACAAGGUUGUGAAAUAUCGCGUAAAUGAUCGAUUAAUAUUUCUUUUAAAUUCC